AAACUCCUACUUCAAUUCCGUGGUUUUCCCAUCUCCUUGACUCUAAUCAACGGAAGUUUGAAACUUUCAUCACUUCUCAAACGGGCCUGAUUCAAUCGAUCAUUCAAACGAAUUACCUUGCAUCGCAUCCCAGAUCCUUCAUUUCAGUGGGCUUUGAAUUUUUUCAAUCCAUUCCGAUCGAAUAACCCACAUCAGUUUUAUUGGAGAGCUGUGGUAUCUUAUUGGAGAUCGCGGAUGAUCCAUGCGGCAACUUCUGAUGAGGACAAGCUUUUGCAAUUUUCGCUUGUUAGUAUUGUGAAUGAGGUCUCAGAAUAUAUUUUGAAGCGGCUUGAGCACAAAAGCCCAGUUGUCAAGGAGAAGGCUCUAAGGUUGAUAAAAUACAUAGUGGUAAGGCCUGGCAUGGAAUUCCGAAGGGAGAGGCAACAAAAUUCAGUAGAAGUAUGUCAGUUAUUACAUUACCAAGGGCAGUUGGACCUUGGGGGUGGGAUUCAAGGGUAUAAAACACGGAAACAACUAAUGGGGAAUCUGCAUCAAGUUAUUCAGAGACCAAAGCUCAUGAAGAGAGGCUGUUGGAGACCACUGUAACAUUUGGUGGUGUACGCCUACAACCCACUCGAGAUGCCAUUCAAGCUUUCCCUUAUGGAGGCUGCAAUGCUUGACACUUUGGCUUUAAGUCAUGCCGUUGACUCAAAGCUUCAAUCUCCACUGUGGCAGGCAUGCAUUUUAUGCUUAUUGAAUUAUGAAAUGACAAUCUCCUCUCCAAGGCAUAGCCUGGAUUGUGUCUCCCUGUUCAUCUUAUAAUGUUACUUACAUUGAUUUCUCUUGACAGAAUGGGUGCAUAACAUCUUAAAGUGACAUCUUAUUGAUUUAAAUGCACAGCUUAUAUAG